ACACACCAGAUUCAAUUCAUGAGCUUUUUAGUAGUGUAUUUAAAGACCUGAAAUAUAUUAGAUGAUUACUCCCCAUAAUUUAGCAAGAGGUUGUUUUCCGUUGUGAUACCCCCUGGUGCUGCACAAUUUUAAUAUUUUAUUUGUCUGACCUUCAGAUAGGAUUCUCUGCUAAAUGACUUCAUAAAUCAUAUGUGUUAAAUGAAGGCUGCUGCAGAACCGGGAUCGAGGCUAUUGGCCUUAGUUCCACUGCGCAUGCGCACGCUGAAAUGCGCGCACUCGGAUCUUUUCGCGUCCUAAACUAAUCUUUUUCUCAUUAGAGCUGAUCUGAUCUGUCUAUCGGCAGACUGCAGCCAUGAGAGUCCCCGUGUAACCCAGACUGACUGUCACCAGUGCAAGAAAGAUGGACAGAGAAGAUAAAGUAAUACCGCCGCAGCUCUGACAUAGGUGUUGGUGAAAUGAGCAGAGUGAGUUGACUCAAUCACACGAUCAUCACGAUGGCUCUCACCAGCACCACUAUAACAUCAUGGAAACUGCAGGAGAUUGUGGCUCACUCCAGCAAUGUGUCUUCACUGGUGUUGGGGAAAUCGUCUGGUCGUUUGCUGGCCACUGGCGGCGAGGACUGCAGAGUCAAUAUCUGGGCAGUCAGCAAACCAAACUGCAUUAUGAGUCUGACGGGCCACACCAGCCCUGUGGAGUGUAUCCAGUUCAACAGUUCUGAAGAGCGUGUGGUGGCCGGUUCUCAGUCUGGCUCUCUCCGGCUUUGGGAUUUGGAGGCUGCUAAAAUUCUGCGCACUUUGAUGGGGCACAAAGCCAGUAUCUGCAGUCUGGACUUCCACCCCAUGGGAGAAUACCUGGCAUCUGGCUCUGUGGAUAGCAAUAUUAAGUUGUGGGAUGUGAGAAGGAAAGGAUGUGUAUUCAGAUAUAAGGGUCACACUCAGGCUGUGCACUGUCUAGCCUUCAGUCCUGAUGGGAAAUGGCUUGCUUCAGCCAGUGAUGACAGCACAGUAAAGCUGUGGGAUCUGAUAGCAGGCAAGAUGAUCACUGAAUUCACAUCACACACAUCAGCUGUCAAUGUUGUGCAAUUCCACCCCAAUGAGUACCUGCUCGCCUCUGGGAGUGCAGAUCGGACUGUUAAGCUGUGGGACCUGGAGAAAUUCAACAUGAUUGGCUCGUCAGAGGGCGAGACAGGAGUUGUGAGGAGUAUAUUGUUUAAUCCUGAUGGUAGCUGCUUGUACAGCGGCUCUGAGAACACACUACGAGUGUAUGGCUGGGAGCCUGACCGUUGCUUUGAUGUAGUGCAUGUAGGCUGGGGCAAAGUAUCUGACCUGGCCAUCAGCAACAACCAAAUGAUUGCAGUGUCCUACAGUCAAAAUAAUGUGAGCUGGUACAUUGUUGAUCUCAAUCGAGUGAAGAAAUCAGGAUCUGUGAUCCAAGGGCUGAUUGAGGACAAGCCGAUCCCAGCUCCCACAUCUGCAAUGGGAACAACACUAAGGCGAAAUUACGAGCGACCCACUACAUCCUGCACUGGACAGGAGAUGAAGCGGAGUUCAGAGGCUGAUCGCCGGAGUCCAGAAGGAGAGAGGAGAAGUCCCAGCAGUGAGGAUGAGAAAGAAGACAAAGAGAGCAGUGCAGAAAUCACCAACCCAGAAGAUUAUAAAGAGAUCUUUCAGCCGCGCAGUGUCAUCUCACGCACUCCACCCAAAAGAAAUGAACCCUUCCCAGCUCCCCUAGACCACUCUUUCUCAGAGAGUGUACUAGAGAAACCUGGCCCAGCAGUUAAGAUUGUUACUCCAGUAAUAGACAGGGCAGGACAGUUGAAAGGUCCCAUUACCUCCUCCACUCCAGUACAAAGAGUUGAACCAACUGUGAUCGCUGCUGCUCCCCGUCCAGUAGGGGUGGUGACCACAACAGUGACGUCUCCCUCUCGUCCUGUGGUUACGACCACCAAACCUAAACCUUCUACAGGAAUCAUCCUCUCGACACGUAAUGAGCCAAUUGGCCUCAGUGCAGGAGAGUUCCUUUCUCAUGCACGAAACGCCAAAGCCAGCGUGAUGGGAGAUGAUGAGGCAUUAGCACAGAUCCGGAAAGGCCAUGACACCAUGUGCGUUAUGCUGACCAGUCGAUAUAAAAACCUGGACACAGUGCGCUCCGUCUGGGCCAGUGGUGAUGUCAAGAUUUCCCUGGAUUCAGCUGUAUCUAUGAAUGAUCUUUCUAUUGUGGUGGACAUCCUUAACAUAAUCAACCUCAAACCAUCACUUUGGAAGUUGGACCUCUGCACGUCCAUCUUGCCACAGAUUGAGGAAUUGCUGCAGAGCAAAUAUGAAAGUUAUGUGCAGACUGGUUGUAUGUCUUUAAAACUGAUUCUGAAGCGUUUUUGGCCGUUAAUCUCAGACACGUUGACUGCUCCUCCAUCAGUAGGAGUGGACAUCACUCGAGAGGAGAGGCAUCAGAAAUGUAAAGCGUGCUAUAAGCAGCUGAAGAACCUCAGUAAUGUAGUGAAGAACCGGGCAGAGCAGGUUGGUCGUCAUGGAAGCACAUUCAAAGAGCUACAACUUCUUAUGGCCCCAUUGGACUACUGACACACACAGACACACUCCUCAAUCUCCAAACACGAAGCUCAGUCAAAGAGUCCAUAAUGAGGCUAAGUACUGAGCUUCAUGACUGAACUUGAAUGGACUUUUCACUUAGCACUUAAAGUAUGUGUGCUCACACAAGCACACUUUGGAGUGAAGUAUUUAUGUAGGCUUCAGGUGGAUAUUUUCGUAGUGGCUAAAUUUGAAUUUCUUUUUCAUCUCUUUGAAAUGCACUACUUGUUUUUGUAAACACUUGUCAACAAUAAAGGAGAAUUUUCAUUUGAAAGAUUCCCAAAAAUA